AUGUCGGACGUCGAGUACUCCAAGGGCGCGACGGUCUUCCUGCCGGGCACGCACCGCGACACGGCGGAGCGGCAGGCCUUCGAGCAGGGCGGCGAGGCGCGCGACGCGAUGCUCGGCGCGAAGCAGUCGGCGUUCACGGCGCUCAAGGCGGGCGACGCCGUCGUGUUUGACAUGCGGACGCUGCACGCCGGCACCGCCAACCUCGCCUUCUCGGAGGGCGGAGGGCAGCGUCUGCUCUUCAUCCUCACCUUCCGGAAUCGCAAGGCCAAGGGGGCGCUCGGCCACGCACCCAACCUGAGGCCAAACUACCGCCACCGCGGCAUCACGCUCGCCGAGAUGCGGAGCGAGCUCGAGAGCCCAGAGCCGUUUGCGGGGGACGCCAGCGACGGGAAGCCGUUUGGAGACGGGCUGUAG